AUGGUACCUCAUGAGAAGGAUGGAACCAACUUGAAGCGCAUCUCCGAGUGCUUGGUUUUGUGUGCUCGGACAGUGGAAGAAGUGGAGGAGUAUGCCCAUGAGGAUAUGUUCACAGAUGCCUGCUUCCCCUUCAACAUCAUCGACGAAGAGGAUGACGAUGAUAUCUACGAUGAAAGCACCGGCAUUGAGGACCACAUCGCGUGGAUGUAUCGGGAGCUGAGCAUUGUUGCAGAAGUUCGGAGCAGAAGCGAAUGGAUCGCAAUUGACGCGGACAUUCAGUCACUUGGGCUGAGGGGGAAAUAUUGGGAUGCCCAUUGGGACAAAGCCAUGGCUAAAGCGGCGAUUCGCAUACUCGGUUUGUACGCGGGGGAAGUUAGCACGGACGACGAAGACGAGGAUGGAUUCGACAGCGAUGAAUAA